CCCUCCAAAAUUCUUCUUUUUUAAGAGGAGAACCCAACCAAGACCAGACGAAGAGCACAGGACAGAGAGGACGCCUCUCUCUCUCUCUCUCUCUCUCUCACGCAGCGGCAUUAAUGGAUUCCGCAGCCGCGGCCGCCUCCCACCCUCGCCUCCUCCCCGCCUCGGCAACCCUAAUGUGAAGCCCUCCUCGCGCCUCGCACGGAUCCUCCUCCGCGGCGAAAAAUUUGCUCGAGGUGUUCGUGGAGGGGGGGGGGGGGGGGGGAUCGCGGCUUUGGGAGCUCCCGGGCGAGGCACGGCCCAAUGCGGCUCGAUCCGGAUUCGUCUGCUCAGCGAUUCGGCUCGGAUUGGGCGCUGGUUUGGUGAAUCCCGCGCCGUUGACCCGCGCUGCCCCGGAAAGAGUGAGGAGAGAUGGAUGUGGAGAAAGCUGCUUCAAAGGGGCAUGGAUUUUUUGGCCUGCUUGAUUGGGGUAAGAAGUCUAAGAAGCGGCUAUUCAGCGGAAGCGGGAGCAGUUCUCCGAUUUCAAGGAAUACUGGAGGUGAGAAGGAAGUUGAUGGUGGUACACGAAGUACACGGUCGAAUUCGAUCCUCGAAGAUGCGUCGAGCUUGAAGGAAAGCAGUGAGCAUAGUUGCUCGUCUUCAGUAAUUGAUGAAGAAGCUCAGGCGAGGAGGUGUCCCACUGUUGUGGCUAGGCUUAUGGGUUUAGAUUCCAUGCCUGCAAAAAGCUCAUCCGAAUCAAAUCCCAUGCCAUUAACUGUGCAACCAUCCUUACAAACCAACAGCCAUGACGAUUUGAUGGGCAGAAGUUAUGUUGGUAGUCCCCAUAAGAUGCCGGGUAGUCCUAUUGAUCGGUUUAAAAUGGAAGCAUUGCCUCCAAGAUAUGCCAAGAGGGCACUAUCUGUUGCACGAUAUAAGUUAUUGUCUCCCAUGAAUAACCCUAAUCAUAUAUCUGGCAGAAAUGCAGCUGAUAUAAUGGAGGCAGCAUCUAGGAUCAUUAGGCCUGGAGUUGAAAAUAACAGUUCUUAUGGAGUUCAUGAUGUUGGGCGCUCAAAUGCUGCGCGUGCCUACAACCCAAGAGAGAUCAUAGGAGUCCAACAAAGAUCACAGAAGCUUAAUGAAGAACUGAGGAAGCGUGAUGGUUCUGCAUCUUCUAGGCCACCAAGUGGAAAACCUUUGGAUGGAAGGUUGAAAAGUUCAGAGAGCACCUCAUCUUCCAGGAUCUCACAGUCAAAUGAAUGUGCUCCAGUUGGUCCAAAGGUCAAGGCCAGCAAUAGAUCAUCAAAUGUUGUUCGAGCUAUGUAUGCCCAAGGAAAAAAAGAUAUAAGAAAAGGCGGCAGAAAACUUGAAACUCGCAGUAGGAACCCUGAAAAUAGCACGGUGGGGAGAAAUGGGUUGAACCAAAGAAAGGAUAAUAAUCGAAUGGGUGCAGCAAGUUCUUCCAAUGUGGUUGUGCCGAACAACAGAAAGCAGAAUACUAUGGUCAUUAAACACAAGGUGAAUUCAAACCCAGCAACACCCAGCCGGCAACGAAGCAAUGUUCAUCAAAUACAUACAUCAGCCAGAAAGGUUGGGGCUGCUAGCACAUUCGCUGGAAACAAUACUCAAGGUAACAGAAAGGUGGACUUGGAGCCAACCAGUCAUGCAAAUACAAGAAUUCAUUCUACAGCCAAAACGAUCCCCAAGCCAAGAAGGUUACAAGACAGGAGGAUGUACUCCGAUAAAAGCCAGUCAACUGAUAGCGUAAUUUCUGACAGAAGCCAAAGGCGGAUUCGGCACAACAUUGUGAUAGAUGAGCAAUCAUCUUUUUCAACGAACAAAAAGAAAAUUAGCACUGAGAUUGUUUCAUUCACAUUUACCUCACCAGUCGACAAAUCAUUAGAUGGCUCCCACCCUCCCAAUCAUUCAGUUGAAAAAGAGUUUAUAGAGAAUCUAAAUGCUGUGUCAACUUCAAGUAAUACACCGAACACUAAACUUGAUGUCAUUGAUGGUGAUUAUUUGGGGCUUCUGUUGGAGCAAAAAUUGAGAGAAUUGACUUCAGGGGUGAGAUCACCCUAUUCUAAGCCAGCCAAAGGUGUUCGAGUAUACGCCCCUCAACCAGUUUUUGAAGAUACGGCAUCUGCAUGUGAAACAUCUAGCAUUGCUUCUACUGAUUAUGAUGGGGAGUCAUUACAGUCUGUCAGGGAUGGAAAAAACACUCUCCCCCGGACAGACCGUGCUACAAAAAUUAGCCAGCAGUCAUCGCAAUCUGCAAAGUAUGAUAAUGAUGCCGCGGAGCUAGAGCAUCUUCGUCUAAGCUCUCUUUCGACAUGGGAAGCUUCUCUUUCGACUGAAACCUGCAGCUCAUCAGAGAGCUGGAGAAGUGCAAACGGAACCAGAUUAUUUAGUUCAACAGAAGGAGCAACAACUUCUGAUUCUACACACUUCAACAAAUUUCUAGAAGUGGAAGCUUUGUCAGAGUAUUCUGACACAGCCUCCUCAAUCACAGUGACUACAUCAGAAAUCCCCCGAUCAGAAAGCAGCAGCUCAUGUCAUAUGGACUAUAGACAGGAGGUGGAGUUUAUAAGAGAAAUUUUGAAUGCUGCCUCUCCAAUUGGUCACAUUUUCUCUUGUUUGGAGCGGUUUGGUAAUUCGGAAAUUCUGGAUCCACAUCUGUUGGAACUAUUAAAUGGCAAUAUUAGGCUGUUAGUUGGUGAAGAGGACAAAGCUUUCAGAUUGAGGCGGAGGCUGCUCUUUGACUGUAUAAAUGAAUUAUUGAGUGUGAAAUGUGCAUACUACUUCAACGCUGGCUAUAGCUCAUGGUUUAUGGGAAUGGCAGUUCUGCAGAACCUCUCAGCAGAUGAAAUCCAUCGAGAGAUGACUGGUCUGAAGGUUGCUGAGGAGUGGAUGGUAGAUGAACUUGUCUACAGAGAAAUGAGUAGUCCUAUGGGGAGUUGGGUUGAUUUCAAGAUGGAAUCAUACCAAGUUGGCGGAGACAUAGCGAUGGAGUUGCUAGGUUCCUUGGUUGAUGAAAUUGUCGCUGAUCUUUUGACUGGCUCGUUUUUGUAGCAGGUGUUGAUCCCCUCACUAACGAUACCAGUUGACACAAGGGUUUUGUUCCAUGUGUUGUCUUAUAUUUGUAUAUUGGUAGCGUUGCUCAUGCAAUUGUGUAGUGUUCUUAAGAGUGGAAUAUCGCUAACCUACUCAUUAUCUGAUGAUUGGUCAAUGUCUGCAUGAGUAAAACAUUAUUGGCCUGUUUUGUGGACAAUUUGGGCAGUUGUGGGUGAAAAUGAUUAUCAGCCUCAUUUUGGGUAAA